AUGUCGAAAGAAACAGCGUCUAUGAGAGAAAUACAACACAACCGACAACUCAUUUUGCAAGCUCUAAAUAAGAACACAACAAACUUUUCAAACUAUUCUAAGAUAUCUGAGUCAUUGAAAGAAGGAAACUUAAAACUGACGAUAAACCCAAUGACAGAUGAGUUUCUGUUUCAAGACAGUAAGAACCAUACUGUUUGUAUAAAUCCAACAAAAAGAACUUUAAACGAGAAACCUAUAGAUGAACUUCUUUUGAAGGCAGAUAUUGACAACAAAGCUGACAAAGAGUAUGUCAUUGAAAAAGUUCAAGAAGAACAUGACAGAGCAGAUGCAACAUAUGCAACAAAAGCAGAUGUUAACAACAAAGCUGACAAAGAGUAUGUCAUUGAAAAAGUUCAAGAAGAACAUGACAGAGCAGAUGCAACAUAUGCAACGAAAGAACAUACUCAUCCUGAACUAGCAGACAAAACAUAUGUUGA